GCGCUUUCUUUCAAUACGGUGAAUUGACUAAGCAACUGUUCAGGCUAUUCAUUUGCAUGUAGGGCACCUAUACGUCGAUAUGCUUCCAGAGCUCCUCUGACAUUUCAAUUUUAGGACGAGCGAAAAAUGUUGAGGGAUGCCAUGGAAAAAUAUCCCUUCGAUAGAUCUCAGCUCCAAGUAGGUCCAAUUGCAAGACAUAGCUUUACCAUCGCCAACUUCCGCAAGUUCCUGAGCUCUAAUCCCAAGAUUCAAAGCUUCGCUUCCACCGACGAGUCAAUCUGCCUUCAAUUUUCAGACCCAUUCUUGUGGUGUGGGAAGCCUGGAGGGCAUGCAUUGCUGUUUGGACCAUGUCAUACACUCCAGCUUAACGACAUUGAAGCAAAAUGGAUUGCCCAUCCAAUGAAGGAUAUGUAUGGGGCAACCAGAGAGUUGUUCGUUGUCAAUCACGAUACUGCUUAUUACGAUGGGACGUACAAGUGUUUGCCUCUGAGCCACGGGAUGAUUCCCGGCGGCUGUUCGGACCUAUCUGGACUGGAUCUGGAGGCACUCGCCCGCACCACAGUUUCUGACCAAGGGGCUUCAUAUAAACUGUAUCAAGAUAGCUUCGAAGCAGUUGUGGAUCUUUGGAAAUCCAACAUUCUCAAAGUAGAAUGUGUUGGUCUGCAACAUGUCGGCUUCAAUGAAGGACUUUAUAAUGCGCUCGUGCAGAUGGGUCGAAAAUUGGGCGACAAAGAAUCUGGAUGCAUGAAAUCCAGAGUGGAGGGUCGGGCGAAGUCAAGCACUAAACGCACAAUCUCCGAGUAUUCAGAGAAGCAUGAGCAUCCUGUUAAAAGACGAAAAGAGUCAUGAUGAUAUCGUUCCAUUGUUAGUGAGCGGCCGGCCACGCUGGCGUGACGGUCUG